CAAUUAAUGAUCUUCUCACUAUCAAAACCAGUUGUGUUGUUAAGGGUGAACACCUCAAAGAUCCCAUCGAAUCCUCCCACUUUUUUAAUACUUUGGUCGACUAAAGAUCUCAACUUCCACACUCCGACAAACACUAUGAAGCUCUUAUCGUUGUUCUUGUCGCUGUGACAUCUCUCGUUCACACUAUCAGCAUAUUACGCAUAAAAUCUGUAGAAAGUCAGAGGCGCACGAUAACAAAACACACAGAUAUCAGCUAUGCUUUCUUCAUCUGCUGCUUCUGCAAAUCAAAUUGGCGCCACCUUUUCCUUGAGGCCCAACUUGUUGUUGGCAAGCUCUUCUGAUUGUGGGGGUGCCCUUCAAUUCCUGUUUUCUAGCUACAGUUUCAGAAGCAGAUGUGUUUUUCUUCGAACAUGGCAUGGAAGGCGAGGUGGGUUUCUUCCGAAUCGCGGGUUUCGAGUGUUUUGCGAAUCAAAGUUACAGACAGAGGAACUGCAGAUAAGAAGGUAUUCACCAUUUCUAGAAAGUGCGUUCCUAAACAGGAAUGGUGCUUCUGUAUCUGAUGAGUGGCAGGCAGUUCCUGACAUUUGGAGAUCUUCAGCCGAGAGAUAUGGUGAUCGUGUAGCAUUGACAGAUCCAUACCAUGACCCGCCUUCAAGCAUGACUUAUAAACAGCUGGAAGAGGAAAUUUUGGAUUUCUCUGAAGGCCUAAGAGUUGUUGGAGUAAAGCCUGAAGACAAAAUUGCACUUUUUGCCAAUAAUUCAUGUCGUUGGCUUGUAGCAGAUCAGGGUAUAAUGGCUACUGGAGCUAUCAAUGUGGUAAGAGGUUCAAGGUCUUCAGUGGAAGAGUUGUUACAAAUAUAUGAUCACUCUGAAAGUGUCGCACUUGCCGUGGACAGUCCUGAAUUGUUCAAUCAGAUCGCAGAAGCAUUCUCUUCCAAGGUUGUCACGAAAUUUGUAAUUCUGCUUUGGGGGGAGAAGUCAAGCCUGGCCAGUGAAGAGAAGACUCCUGUUUUUAACUACAAGGAGAUUCUGGAUCUGGGUCGAGAGAGUCGUAAGAGUAUGCUCGACUUUAAUGAUGCCCGGGGAAAGUAUACAUAUGAAACUAUCAACUCAGAUGAUGUAGCUACACUAGUAUAUACAAGCGGAACAACUGGGAACCCGAAAGGUGUCAUGCUAACUCAUCGAAAUCUGUUGCAUCAGAUAAAAAACCUAUGGGAUGUUGUGCCUGCUGAAGCUGGGGACAGAUUUCUCAGCAUGCUUCCACCUUGGCAUGCCUAUGAACGAGCUUGUGAGUAUUUCACAUUGACGUACGGAAUCGAGCAAGUAUACACAACUGUCAGGAACUUGAAGGAGGAUUUGCUACAGUAUCAACCAAAUUUCAUAAUUUCUGUUCCUUUAGUGUAUGAGACACUUUACAGUGGGAUUCAGAAACAGAUCUCUAUGAGCUCUACUGCUCGUAAGUUUAUUGCACUUACAUUCAUAAGGAUCAGUUUGGCAUACAUGGAGUUAAAGAGGAUUUACGAGGGAACAUAUUUGACAAGGAACCAGAAGCAACCAUCUUAUCUUGCUUCACUGUAUGAUUGGCUAUGGGCAAGAGUUGUUGCUGCGAUAUUAUGGCCUUUGCAUAUGUUGGGAAAGAAGCUUGUCUAUACUAAAAUUCAUUCUGCUGUCGGAAUAUCAAAGGCUGGUAUUAGCGGAGGAGGUAGCUUGCCAUCACAUGUUGAUAAGUUUUUUGAGGCAAUUGGUGUGAAAGUGCAAAAUGGAUAUGGUUUAACAGAGACUUCUCCAGUUAUUGCUGCUCGCCGGCCAAACAAUAAUGUUCUUGGUUCAGUUGGGCCUCCAAUUCGACAUACCGAGUUCAAAGUUGUUGAUUUGGAAACUGGUGAAGUUCUCCCACCAGGAUCAAGUGGCAUUAUAAAUGUUCGGGGCCCACAAGUGAUGAAAGGAUACUAUAAGAAUCCAGCGGCUACAAAGCAAGUACUAGAUGAGGAUGGUUGGCUGAGUACUGGAGAUAUUGGUUGGAUUGCUCCUCACCACUCAACAGGGCGAAGUCGUCGUUGUGGAGGUGUUAUUGUCCUGGAAGGACGCGCAAAGGAUACUAUAGUCCUUUCAACAGGUGAAAAUGUUGAACCAGUGGAGCUUGAGGAAGCUGCCAUGAGAAGUAGUCUAAUUCAACAAAUUGUUGUGGUCGGCCAGGAUCAACGACGACUUGGGGCAAUAAUUGUUCCAAACAAAGAAGAGGUUUUACUUGCAGCCAAAAAGUUGUCCAUUGUAGAUGUUAAUGCCUCUGAGCUCAGUAUGGAUAAAAUGAAAAACUUGGUAUAUGAAGAUUUAAGAAGAUGGACUACAGGGUGUUCGUUUCAAAUUGGACCGAUUUUGAUUGUGGAUGAACCCUUCACGAUUGAUAGUGGACUAAUGACUCCAACUAUGAAAAUUCGAAGGGACCGAGUCGUAGCUCAGUUCAAGGAGCAAAUAAAUAACCUGUACAAGUAAACAUCUUAUCCCGAAAUUCACAGAAGCAGUUUAAAGUGCAUGUAAUUUAUAGGAAAUAAGAAUUGCAAGGCCUUGUGUGUAGCCAGUCCAAUACUUUUUCGAGUCUCUGUAAUGUAAGUUAAGUUCCUUGCUAUCUCUUGAAACACAACACUAUAAAGUUUGUAUAUUUGCAUGUUGUAUCCGAAAGAAGAGUAUCUUGACCUGCCACCAGAGCCUUCUACGUUACGCUGGAAAUAUAAUGCCAUAAUAUGAAAUUAUUGAUCUGCAUGCAA